AUGGACGUUGAGAACGUAGAACUAGAAAAGGAGUUCACUGAGGACGAGGUUGAGGCGCGUGUGAACGCACUCCAGUGCCACAAAGCAGCAGGGGCGGAUGGGAUAGUCAACGAGUUCAUGAAGUUUGGGGGAAAGGGGAUUAUCCAGCUAAUAGUACUGCUGNAGACAUCGAAGGCAGACGUUGGGAACGUAGAACUAGAAAAGGAGUUCACUGAGGACGAGGUUGAGGCGCGUGUGAACGCACUCCAGUGCCACAAAGCAGCAGGGGCGGAUGGGAUAGUCAACGAGUUCAUGAAGUUUGGGGGAAAGGGGAUUAUCCAGCUAAUAGUACUGCUGUACAACUGGGUGUGGAAAAACGAGUAUGCGCCAAGUAGAUGGGAAGCAGUAGCUGUGACGUUGCUUCAGAAAGGAGACAAGACUGACCCAGGAAACUACAGGGGGAUCACACUGUUGAACACAGAAGGAAAGGUGUUCUGUAAGCUGCUGAACGAUAGGAUAGUGGGAGUAUUGGAGAAGGAACAUAGCAUUAGUGAGGGCCAGGCAGGUCUCCGGAAGAAGAGGGGGUGCGUAAACCACGCAUUCACGGUGGGGAGAAUCAUCCAAGAUAGAACGAGGGCGGGAAGGCCGACGUUCUGCGUCUUCCUGGCCGUGAGAAAGGCAUGCGAUACAGUAUGGAGAAAUGGGCUGUGGAAACAAUUGUCCAAGUACGGGAUCAAGGGGAAAAUGUGGAGAGUGCUGAAGAAGAUGACAGAGUGUACGAAAAGCGCGGUGAUGCUAGACGGAGAACUGUCUAAAUUCUUGGACAUUCAACAGGGGGUCCCACAAGGUUGCACGCUGUCCCCAACAUUAUUCCAGGUGGACACGGAAACUUCGGUGUCGGGAACGCUGUUUGCGGAUUUUGUCGGUAUGUCGGAUACCCCUGAGGGACUGCAACUGCAAAUUGACGCGGCGAAGAAGUUUACUGAUAAGUGGAGAUUGUCUGCCAACGUUCAGAAGAGUGCCGUCAUGGUUUGCAACGAGAAUAAGGAGGAACCAGCUGAACAUAGAUGGAAGUGGGGGAUCGAGGAGAUUGCAGUAGUGUACCAGUACACAUACCUCGGAGUAGAGAUCGCAAAAGACUGCUCGUGGAAUGCACACAUGUCCAAGGUAGCGGAAAAGGGCAAAUCACGAGCAGGGAAGCUGCAUCCAAUACUCGCAAACCGGCACCUCGAUACACGCAUCAAAUUGACGGUUUUGAAGAGCGUAAUCGUACCGCCGCUAGAGUACGCCGGAGAAGUAUGGGAAGAAAAAGAGGAGGUAGUGAAAGAACUCGAGGCGGCGCAGAUGAA